AUUCCCACUCUCCUGUACCCUUGUGGCUUCUUCUGUUUCUUCUUCUUCUUCUUCAACGUUUCUAUUUGCUAGAUAUAGAUCUAAGUUACCUACAAUUACAUCGACAAGUCAUCCCAUUGCUUUGCUUGAUCCACCAUGUCUACCGACAAGAUUACCUUCUUGACCAACUGGCACGCGACGCCAUACCACGCCCCUCUCUACCUGGCCCAAGCCAAAGGUUACUUCAAGGAUGAAGGUAUCAAGGUGGCUCUACUAGAGCCCAACGACCCGAGCGAUGUCACCGAAAUCAUCGGCACUGGAAAAGUUGACCUUGGCUUCAAGGCGAUGAUCCACACUCUUGCUGCCAAAGCGCGCAACUUCCCGGUCCUCUCCAUCGGGUCUUUGCUCGACGAGCCUUUCACGGGCGUUGUAUACUUGAAAGACAGCGGUAUCACCCCUGAUUUUACGACUCUCAAGGGGAAGCGAAUUGGCUACGUUGGAGAAUUCGGAAAGAUCCAAAUUGAUGAGCUUACCUCCCACUACGGCAUGACCCCGGCCGACUACACCGCAGUGCGUUGCGGCAUGAACGUCUCCAAGGCCAUCAUCAAGGGCGAGAUCGACGCCGGCAUCGGCCUCGAGAACGUGCAAAUGGUCGAGCUGGAGGAAUGGCUCACCUCCCAGGGCCGUCCCAAGAGCGAUGUGCAAAUGCUGCGCAUCGAUGAACUAGCCGAGCUAGGCUGCUGCUGCUUCUGCACGAUCCUGUACAUCGGCAACGAGAAGUUCCUAUCGGAGAACCCGGAGAAGGUGCGCGCGUUCAUGCGAGCUGUCAAGCGCGCGACGGACUUCGUGCUCGCGGAGCCGGCCAAGGCGUUCGCCGAGUAUGUCGAUUUCAAGCCGGUGAUGGGCACGGAGCUCAACCGCAAGAUCUUCGAGCGCUCGUUCGCGUACUUCUCCAAGGACCUGAAGAACGUCCGCCGCGACUGGGAGAAGGUCACCCGCUACGGCAAGCGCCUCGGUGUCCUAGACCAGAGCUUCCAGCCUAACUACACUAACUCGUUCCUGUCCUGGACUCUCGAGGGCGAGUCUUCCGACCCAACCGGAGACCAGAAGCGCAUGGCUGCGCUGCAGAAGGACGUUGCUAGCAAUGGUGGUUUCCACCGUCUUGAGGUUGAUGGUGCUACUGUCCAAGCUUAAGAGGUGCAAUAUACGUGCCCAGGUGAUUAUUGAAAAGAGGUAUCAGGUACCUACGGCUGUGAAACGAAAUUGUUACCUGCAGGAAUUUCUUUGAUGAAUAAGCCAGACGCUCAUUACCUCACCAAUAAGAUAGCUCCUCUAGUAGUAUAAAUAGUAUAUGAGAACCAAUCGACAGCAAUUCCGACGAA